CAGACUUAUGUCUAGACCCGGGUUCGGGUUGAACCCGGAUUUUUCCGGUGGAUCAAUGAGUGCUUGAUGUGGCGACAGGUGUGUGUUCCCAUGACGUGGAGGAAUUCGAGGACGCAGACAUGAUAAGAUGCCGGGAGGAAAGAAUGUUCCGCGGGAGAUCGGAGGAUCUACGGAAUCUUCUCCAGGAGAUGCAAACGGAUAUUCGAGCUCGAAUUGGCGGCUAACAUGUCGGAGAUUUUGGGGAACGACCCACAAGUUUAUCUCUUCUUAUCCUCAAUCUGCUGUAAAGAUUUUCUGUUCGAGAAGAGAUUACUUCGAUUAAGAACCUAAGAAGAACAGGGAAAGCAACGGUUUCACUGGCUCAUCUUGAGACUAAUAAUACAUCCAGCUGAUAUUGUCAUACACCCCUCCCAUCGAUCUGGUGUAUGCAAGUGGAUUAAAGGGGGAAAAUGCAGGUAGUGCACCAAAUCAUUUUUGCUUUGGGGUCUAGAGAAAUAGGUGAAUUGGGUAUAUAUUUAGUUGGCCUUAGUAGGGAGUUCACUUGCAAAGCAGCAAAUUAAGAUUGCUUUUAACAUUGGAUAGAGUUUUAGACUUUUAGUUUUGAUAGUAGAACCAACACGAGGGAGGUCUACGAUUAUAGGAGUGUAGAAAUUCACUAUCAUAUAUGCAAUGGUAGCUGAAAACAAGUGACACAAUCCCUAAUUAAGCACAGUUUUAUGAGUUGGCUGGCUAUUCUUAACAGACUCACCACCAAAGCUUGUAAAAAGCAAUGGACAUAUAGUUUGGAUGAUACUUGUGCUUUCUGCAAAAAUGAGUCUGAGACGAAUGCACACUUGUCCUUUAAGUGCCAAAGGGCAUCUAGCAAGAGCUCAGCCGCAUGACAAAUAUCCCUCUAAUGGACUCAUGGCAAGAUUUAUUUGCGUGAUUGGGUAGGAAGGUCUGAAGGUUACAUUGUACUCUAAUCAAAUUUUCUCGGAAUGUGGCUUUCUAUCAUAUAUGGAUGGAAAGAAACAAAAGAUUGCACUAAAAGCAAUUCAAAAGUGAGGUAGCAGUACUUGUAGACAUCCAGUAUGAAGUUAAGGAUAAGAUCUUAGGAUUUGCUAAGCCAGGUUUAUCUCUUAUACCUUGAGCUAUUGCAUGGAAAUGGGGGCUUGAUUUUAUUGUAAAUUGUUAGCUUGUUUUGAUCAGUUUAGCUUUGAUAGGAUUAGUUUUUACAUUAUGUUUGUGUAGCUACUAACAUCUGUUAUUUUUGCUGCCCUGAUGUACUCUAGUAUUUUUCAGAAUAAAUAAAGAUUUACAUUUUAU